CUUGGGGAAGGCGCAACGCUUUGCAUCGGAAAGGAAUAAUCUUCACUGAACAUACUUAACUCCACAGACUACAGCGGGAGAUCAGGCAUACAUAGGAUAUAUUCGAUAUCCAGUUUUGUAUAGCUCUACGCCCCAUCGCCAGCAAUAUGACUGCAACCACGGACCAAAAGCGCAUGUGCAUCGGCGCCGACUGCCCCAACGAGGCUGGCACUCUGCAAUGCCCGACGUGCUUGAAGCUUGAUAUCAAGGAUAGCUUUUUCUGCUCGCAGGAUUGCUUCAAGAAGAAUUGGUCCACCCACAAGACCGCCCACAAGUCAAGUCUCUUCAAUCCCUUCCCCACCUACCCCUUCGCAGGGCCCCUCAGGCCUGUAUACCCGCUGUCUGAGACACGAACCCUCCCCGCAUCGAUACCCCGCCCCGACUACGCCAGAGAUGGCAUCCCAAGGAGCGAGCGCGCGCAGGGACGCCAAAAGAUCGAGAUUCUAGACAAGGCAGCACAGGAUGGGAUGCGCAAGGUGUGCCGGUUGGCGAGAGAGGUCCUGGAUAUUGCGGCUGCGGCGGCGGUUCCUGGCGUCACGACUGACCACAUCGAUGAGAUCGUCCACAACGCCUGCAUCGAGAGAAACUCAUACCCCUCGCCACUGAACUACUGCCACUUCCCGAAAUCCGUAUGCACCUCCCUUAACGAAAUUAUCUGCCACGGCAUUCCCGAUAAGCGCGUCCUGGUCGACGGCGACAUCCUCAACAUCGACGUCACCCUCUACCACGGCGGCUACCACGGUGACCUCAACGAGACAUACUACAUCGGCGAGAAGGCUCGUAACGAUCCCGACUCCGUCCGUGUUGUUGAGGCAGCACGCACCUGCCUGAACGACGCCAUUGCGAUGGUCAAGCCCGGCGUCCUCUUCCGCGACUUCGGAACUGCGAUCGACAAGCACGCCAAGUCGCAAAAAUGCGACGUCGUCAAGGCGUACGUCGGCCACGGCAUCAACAGCCUGUUCCAUUGCGCACCGAACAUUCCGCAUUACAAGAACAACAAGGCGGUUGGGCAGGCGAAGGAGGGAAUGUGCUUUACGAUCGAGCCUAUGAUCAACCUGGGGUCGCACAGGGAUAAGACCUGGCCAGAUGACUGGACCAGCACGACGGCGGACGGAAAGAGGUCUGCACAGUUUGAACACACACUUUUGGUGACAGCGGAUGGAGUGGAGGUUCUCACGGCAAGGUUACCAAACUCACCUGGCGGCCCGGUGCCAAUGCCAGUCGUAGAAAAGGUAGAGAAUGGGACAAAAGCAGAGUAGUGGCAGUGUCAUGUUAUGCCUUUGGUGGUUUGGUCGGCACGGGGCGGUCCCACAGUGUAAAUAGCUGAAAUCAGGGGAAUUAACUGAGCCACUGAACCCUUAGACUGCCUCAAGACAUGACGGUUGACAGUUCGUUUGAAGUCUGACGUAGAUAUGAAGUAUGAACCUACUCAGGUACACACAAAAACUCACCAUUAUGAACAAAAUACAACAAUAAAGAGUGAAG